ACGGAGCAGGACGGUCAACUGUGGGACGUGGGAGAAAUCCUGAGAUUCCAGCAAACUACCACAACUUUCUAUACUGUCUGUAAAGCAUUCAUAUGCUUUUAUUUUUAUAGUUGCUAGUGUGUCGUUAAUUUAGAUACGGAUUUACUCGCGUGCAUCCGUUAAUUGCGAUCUAAAUCGAACGGUUAAUCCUAUUUGAAAACGCCACCAUCGCACGGGACUGGAGCGACAAAAAAUUAUUUUUCUGGCCUGAAGAUAUUGCUGUCUCUUGGAUCAAAAUCUAAUCUUCCUCAAUGACCGACCCAGAGAAUUCCAACACGGAUUCCAAAUUGGAAUCUGUCAUACAGAGGCUGGAGGAGAGUGUGUUGUCUGAAGAGAAGAGGCUGACAGUCCGUGGCACCUCCCCUGAAGACCCUCCUACGUGUUUACCUGCACGGGUCCGAGAGAUCGUCACCAAGAACCUCAACGAGAGCCCACCAGGAGCCAUGUCCUCAGUGAUGUCAGUCCAGGAGGAGAACCGGGUGCUGCAGGUAGAGCUGGGAAGGCUGGAGGAUCUUCUGGCCCAUAGCAGGGCAGACCGAGAUGAGCUGGCCAUCAAAUACAGUGCCAUCAGCGAGAGGCUAGAGCAGGCGCUCCGCCUGGAGACAGGUGACGGGGAGCGGGAUUCACCAGAGUCUCGCAGCCUGGCUCAGCAGAACAUGGACCUGCGCCGGCGUCUGGACGAGGAACAGGCAGCCUACAAGCGUAAACUCACAGCCUACCAGGAGGGCCAGCAGAGACAGGCUCAGCUGGUGCAGAAACUGCAGGCCAAGGUCCUGCAGUACAAGAAGAGGUGUGGAGAUCUAGAACAGACUCUAGUGGAGAAGUCCUCGGAGCUGGAGCAGCACAGACUGAGUGGUCGUUGUGAUCUGUCCAGCAACAGUCACCAUCGAGAUGAGGAGGAUCCAUGCGGCGACCUGGAAAAUGCUCUCAUCCGGUUAGAGGAGGAGCAGCAAAGGAGCAGCAGUCUGUCUGCAGUGAACGCCAUGCUGAGAGAGCAGUUGGAGCAGGCAGGACUGGCUAAUGAGGCACUCAGCCAGGACAUACGCAGACUCACUGCUGAUUGGUCCAAAUCCAGGGAGGAGCUGGAGCAGAGGGAGUCUGAUUGGAGGAGGGAGGAGGAGUCUUUCCACAGUUAUUUCAGCAGUGAGCACAGUCGUCUGCUAUCCGUAUGGCGACAGGUGGUUGGCUUCCGUAGACAGGUCUGUGAGCUGAAGAGCGCCACAGAGAGGGACCUGUCAGACAUGCGUAACGAGCUGGCCCGGGCCUCCCACUCUGUCCAGUCGUCCUGCUCUGGCCUGUCCUCCACACUGCGCAGCCGGGAGGGAGGGGCGGCCCUGGCUCUGGAGCGGGAGGCGGCGCUGCGGGGGCAGCUGGAGAUGCAGCUCAGAGAACGGGUGGCCGAGAUGAUGAGCCUGCAGACCAGGACGGACGCUGAAAGGGCUGAGCUCAACGCCAGGCUGUCAGAUGCAGUGCGAGAGGUGGAGAGGCUGAAGGGCCAGAGUGAGGAGAGAGACAGAGACAUGGCCUCACUGACCAGGAGACUGGAGGAGCAGAGUGGCAACGAUGAGACAGACAUGCAGGUGAUGAGGGCUCAUACUGAAACACUGCUGGACACACUGAGAGACAUUGCCCAGACUGUCCUGUCCGAUGGGGACUCGUCAUCAGAAGCAGACCAGGAGAACACUGGGGCUCCUCUAUUGGCUCUUCUCCGUGGCUCCUCCCCUCACCGCUCCUCAUCACCACGGGGAUCCACCUCUCCCAGGCGCUACUCCUUGUUGGCCACCGUCUCAGAGGGCAGCCUGUCAGCCCUGCGCUCUGCUGUCAACAACAGACAUCUCCAGCUGCAGGAGUUCCGGGGGCGUCUGUCCUCUGCCCAGUCAUCAGUGCAGUCGCUGCGCAGGCAGUUAACAGAGUCGGAGUUAGCCAAGCGGGAGACGGAGCAGCGCUGUCAGACCCUGCUGGGAGAGAGGGAUGGAGUUCAGAGAGAGAAGGACACCACACAGAGAGAGAGAGACCGUCUGAAACAUGACAGGGACACACUGGCUAGUGAGAAGGUGGCUGUGGAGAAGGCAGCCCAGGCAGCUCUGGUCAAGGCCCAGAUUCUGCAAAUGGACUGUGAGAAGCUGCAGCAGGCCGUGACGUCGGCCCAGAGAGAGAGGGAUCACGAGAGAGAGGAUAAGGUGGACGCGCUGCAGGAGAGAGACCGGGCCAAGGCAGAGACCGAGAGAGUUCAGAAGCAGUGGGAGCAGAGUGAGAGCCGGGCGUCUGUCCAGCGAGGGGAGCUGUCUGCAGUGAGAGAGACUCACCACCAGGCGGAGGUGGAGAGGCAGCUGCUGGAGGGAGAGAAGGCCCAGCUCACUGAGGCUCUGGCCCGGGCUGAGAGCAGUAAUGCAGAGCUCUCUCUGCUGGUCAAUAAACUUCACUCUGAGGAGGCUGCCCUCCGAGACUCUCUGGCCAAGAUGGGCAGCAUGAAUGAGGGCCUGGCCCAGGACAAGUCUGACCUCAACUCCAUCAUCAGCCAGCUUGAAGAGGAGAAGGCCCACCUGCAGGCCCAGAAACAUGAGGCGGAGCAGGAGAAGAUGACCAUCAGAGAUGAGCUCGUCCGAUUGGAGCAGGACAGGCUAGAGUUGGACUCCGCCCGCCUCGCCCUCCACCAAUCCCUGCAGGAGUCCGAGCUGAGCAGGGUGGUGAUGGAGGCGGAGCUUCAGAGCCUCAGGGCCGAUAGAGUGAAGCUGCAGGACAAAGUCACUCAGCUGUGUGGCGAGGUGAGCUCUCUGGGGGCGGAAUUGGGCAUGGCCCGCGGUGAGGAACAGAGACAGGGCGUGGCUCUGGAGGAAGUAGGGCGGGGCCGGGCGGAGCUGGUCAGAGAGAGGGCGGGGCUGGUGGUCCAGCUGACUGCAUCGGAGCGAGAGAACUCCACACUAACAGAGGAGUUGGCCGCAUUCAGGUCGGAGCGAGAGGCCUUGGAGACCAGCCUGUUUGAGGUGCAGCAGCAGCUGGUUCAGUUUGAGUUUCGCAGAGAGCAGCUGGAGGCAGAGAACCAGAGCCUGCGGCUUCUCAGGGAGACCACCACCGUGGAGCUGAGGCGUGUGCGUGCGGAUGGGGAGAAUGCACUAGCGCAGAGUGAGAGGGAGAGAGAGGCUCUGAGCCAGGCCCUGACUACCACCCAGCAGGAGUCCCAGAAGGCCCUCCACACCGCUAUCACUGACCACCAGGAGGAGGCAGAGAGACUAAUCUCUGAGAAGGAGGCCCUGCGUCGCAGUCUGGAGUUUGAACAGGAGGGGGCACUGCGACAGGUCAGACAGGAGGCCGAGGAGCAUCUUCUCAGAGCUGAGAGAGACCGGGAGGACCUGAAAGAUGAAGUGAGGAGUCUGCAACACGACAGAGACCAGAGUCUGCUACAGGCAGAGACAGAGAAACAACAGAUGCUGUCCCAGAAGGAGGCAGAGAAGGCGGUGCUGUCUGAGAGAGUGUCCAUCCUGCAGGCAGAGCUGGGUACUGCAGCCCUGGAGCUGGACAGACUGGCCAGAGAGGCAGCGCAUUACAAAGAACAGGAGAGGGCCACAGUGGGAGCUCUGACCAGUGAGUUACUGGAGCUUCGCUCUCAGCUGGAGGAGGCUGGCAGUGUUCAUGAGCGGGAGCUGCACCGGUUGCAGGAGAACAGCUCUGACCUGCAGACACACACUGAUGCUGCCCUCAAAGAGUUGGAGGAGUGCAGAGCUUCUCUCUCAGCCAGUGAGGAGAGCCGAGACCAGGUGAGGCGGGACACGCUGGAGAUGGAGAGGCGCCUCAACCAAAUCCGUGACACCGGGGAGGGGUACAGAAGGGAUGGGGUGGAGCUACGGCGCACCCUCAGUGAUGUCACCAAGGAGAGAGACACUCUCAGCCUAUCAAAUGCCCAGCUCAGGGAGACUCUGAGAAGUGCAGAGACUGAGAGAAUCAGUGUGAAGCGUCAGUGUGAGGAGAAGGAGCAGCGGCUGGCUGUUCUGGAGGAGAGCCUGUCAUCUGUCCAGAGAGAGGUGACGGAGCUCCGCAGCUGUCUGAGAGAGGUGGAGCGGUCACGGCUGGAGGCCCGGAGAGAGCUGCAGGAGCUACGCAGACAGGUGAAGGUACUGGAUGGAGAGAAGGAACAGAAAGGGAGGGAGGUGGCUGAGUUGCAGACGCGUCUCUCCCUGGAGGAGCAGAGAGAGGAGGAGAGAGGGAGGGAGAUCUUCUCCCUCAAACAGAAGCUGGCCGAGGCUGACACAGCCAGGACUUCCAUCAAGAAAGAGCUGUCCAUCCUCCAGAGGCGUCUGACAGAGUCAGAGUCAGGCUGGCGGGGCUGUGAGAGGGAGCUGACGGCCCAGCUGCAAGAGGCCCGGGGCUGUGAAAAGAAGCUCCAGGAUGAGGCCAGGAACCUGUCCCUGCGGGCCCAGACAGCCCAGGACUCCCUCACCCAAUCCAGCCUGCAGCUCAGCGAGGCCCAGGGCCGCCUGGCUGCCACCGAGGCAGAGCUGGCCCGGGCCGAGGCCGGACGCAGGGAGCUGGAGUUCCGCCUGGGCAGCCUGCAGUCGGCGCUGACCCGUACACUGGGCAUCGGGACGGGGGGCCGGAGAAGUGCUAGUGGGGGCAGGGGCAGGAGCCCCAGAGGGAGCCCCCCAGUAGCUUCCUACAGCAGCAUCACACGUCCCCGCAGCCUCUCGCCCCUACACUGCUCACUAUCGCCCCCCAAAGAUUUUGGAGGCUCGACCCCUGACAACACGUUGGGCUGCUCCAGGCCUAUCUCCCCAGAGCAGGGCGACACCCCCCUCCCAAUGCCCCUGCCUGAGCUGGACCCUGAGGCGCUGCGCUGUGGCCUCAGAGACUUCCUCCAGGAGCUCCGAGACGCUCAGAGAGACCGGGACGAGGCUCGCUGCCAGUUGGGGGUGCUACAGAGAGAGUUGGAGGAGGUGACAGGGGAGAGAGACUCUGCCCAGAACCGCCUCUCUCAGCUACACAACACACUGCAGGAGUGCCAGGAGGGUAAGCGUGGUGUUGACGGGCGUCUGAGCUCCACCCAGGCCAUGCUCCAGCAGCAGGAGGAGACGGUGAGGAGGGGAGAGAGGGAGAGGAGAACCCUCACUGACAGAGUCAAGGAGCUGGAGAGAGCCCUGCAGACUGCCGAGACGGAGAAGAAACACACACAGGACCAGUUGAGUAAGCAGCGUGCGGGUGAGGUGCGUCUGGAGGCUGAGCGGAGGCGCCUGCGGGAGGCCCUGGAGGCUGCCGAGGCCCGGGGGACCAGGGUGGAGCUGGGGAGACGCAGCCUGGAGGGGGAGCUGCAGAGACUCAAACUGAGCCUGGGGGACAGGGAGGCCGAGAGCCAGGCCACCCAGGAGCGCCAUGACGCACUACUCAAACAGGUGGCAGAGGGGGAGAGCCGUGUGACGUCGCUACAGAGAGAGUUGGACAGGCUGAGCCAGGCUCUGUCUAAAGCCCAGGAGGGAGAGGUCUGUCUCAGAGAGAAGACCCAGAACCUCUCCCAGAGCCUCCAGGAGGCCACCGUUGCCCACAGCGCCACCCAGGGGCGCCUUGUUGCACUGCAGAAGACACUGGGGCUGGCCGAGCAGGACCGCAGGCAUCUACAGGAGCGAGUGGAUGGAGCGCGGGCGUCCCUGGCGGACGGGAAGAGAGGCAUGACGGCCCUCACUGAGCGCGUGCAGAGCCUACAGACUGAGCUGACUCAGAGCGAGCUGAGACGAGGAGAGCUGGAGGCAGAGCUGGCCCACACACAGGAGGCCCUGCGUCAACGGUCUGCCAGUCUGACAGAAGCCCAGCGCAGUGCCCAGUCUGCCCAGACAGAGAGGGCGUCUGCAGAGGAGAGGCUGCGGGGGCUGCAGAGGGCCGUGGCCAUGCUGGAGACAGAAAAGAAGGACGCAGAGAGACAGGCGGUCCGCCUGGAGAAGGACAAAAACGCACUGAGAAAUACACUGGACAAGGUGGAGCGUCAGAAGCUGAAGACAGAGGAGGGCAGCAUGCGUCUGUCUGCAGAGAAAGGCCGUCUGGAUCGCUCCCUCACCACCGCAGAUCAGGAGCUGCAGGACGCACAGAGACAGAUAGCACUGCUACAGGCCCAGCUGGCUGAGAUGGAGCAGUCCCACAAUGUGAGUGCGAGCUCUGUGCGGCAGCGUGAUGAGGUGCUGCGUGAGGCAGAGAAGCUGAGGGUCGCCCAGAGGGAGGCAGAGAGGACCCUGGCCGCCCGGGAGAGAGCCCACCGCCACCGGGUCAAAGGCCUGGAGGAGCAGGUGUCCACUCUGAAGGAGCAGCUGCAGCAGGAGAUGAGGCGGAGGCAGCCAUCUCUACCCACCUCCCUGAUGUCUGGGGGGAACUGAGCACAGAGCAGCUCACUUGUGUCCCUCCAUGGGUACUAAAGCCCAGUAGCAGCUCCAAGAACCAAUAUCCAAUCAUCAUCUCCUAUGAUUUGACACACGCCUCUCCUCCUACUCAGGGAGAAACUCAGCGACACCACGGGAGGAGACUGUGGAUGAUAGAAGUGUAAUCCGGUACAACAGAGGAGGAAUGAGAUCCUCAGCUCUGCCAGUAUACAGUUGGCCUGGAUUCCCUCCCACACACACACACCAGCAGAACAGAAUACAAAGGGAGAACAGAGUCUGAGUCACUGUUUGAGCACUUGGCAACAAAUUGAUCGGCCAUAUGAAGGAACUACUGUACCGUCCAUCUUGCUAGUAUUUGGUUGAGAUUGAACCAACUAUUUUGUCUGGACCAAUAGACACUAUUAUAUGUAGAACACAUGAUGGGACCACUUGAGAUUAAGUAUUUAUGUGCUGUAUGUAUGUAUAUCAGUUUGUGAUAUACAAACAGACAGGAUCUAUCAUGGUCCACACACAUCAACACAGUCGUGAAGAGGGCACGACAAUGCUUCUUCCCCUCGGGACGCUGAAAAAAUUUGGCAUGGGCCCUCGGAUCCUCAAAAAGUUAUACAGCUGAGCGAUUGAGAGCAUCUUGACUGGCUGCAUCACCGUUUGGUAUGACAGCUGCUUGGCAUCUGACCGCAAGGCGCUAUAUCACUGGGUCCGAGCUCCCUGCCAUCCAGGACCUCUAUACCAGGCGGUGUUAAGGAAGGCCCCCAAAAAAUAGUCAAACAAUCCAGCCACCCAAGUCAUAGACUGUUCUCUCUGCUACCGCACGGAAAGCAGUACCGAUGCACAAAGUCUGGAACCAACAGGAUCCUGAACAGCUUCUACCCCCAAGCUAUAAGACUGCUAACUAGUUGAUGUGACCACAUGAGAUUAAGUAUGUAUGUGGUGUAUGUAUGUAUAUCAGUUUGUGAUUUUAGAUUGAUAUGCUUGUAACUAACUAGGAAUAGCACAUAUCGAGGUACAUUUAUGAUAACUAUCAGGAUGAUGUUUAGGGGAUGGAAGCACAUGCAUCAAUCAUGUUUGUAAGGGAAUUGAAAUGAGAGAACAGUUGUCACCCCGCUCCUCCGCACACUCCACUGGCUUCCAGUUGAAGCUCGCAUCUGCUACAAGACCAUGGUGCUUGCC